AAGAUUUAGAAAGCUAUGGUUAUAAGAAAAAGAUGGACUUGAAAGUGCCAACUGAUAAAUCAAAGUAUGAAAAAACGUCUCGGUCAUUUACUCAUUCUUACAAAGUCAAACGAAGUCUUAAGUUGUCAACCAAACCGAAACAUGAAACCAAAACAUGGAAGCAUGGAACCACCAUUUCGACACAAUCUCCAAUAAAAGAAAUACUUUCCGAAUCUCUUGUUAAUGAAACAUCAAUUCCUGCAAUUGGGAAAAAUGCCCCAAUUCCACGUCAGAAUUCUACAGCUGACAUUUCUCAAACUGACCUUAAAAUAGGAUACAAAUCUUUAGACCAAUAUUCAACUCCAACUGCAGAUUAUAAUUCUUGGAAUGUCAAAAAAUUUGAUCCGUCUAACAUAAAAUCAACUUCCAGAAAAAUUUUAUCCUCAGAGACGGAAUCUAAAUUAGAAAGAGUAUCAGAAAAAGAUAAUUUUAUUCAACCAGAUAUUGACAUAUUAAAUGAUUUCACCGAAAUUCCAAAACCAUCUAAGCUGGUUUUUCUUGAUAAAAAAAAUGAUCAGAAAAAAUUUACUCGAAAUUUUAAAUAUGAUCCAGCCUUGAUUAUGAUGGGUCUUGGAAAGAGAAGUAAACAAUCUAUAACAACCAGUGGAUUAAAUAGACUUUCCAACGAUGAAUCUAUUUUAAAACAAAUCGGGUUAGGGAAUGUCAAUUAUGAUCAUAAAAGUAUGCUAUUGGGUAAAAGAAGCUCUACAUAUGAUCCCGCUCUCAAAUACAUGGGUCUCGGUAAAAGAAACAAUAUUUACGAUCCUGCUCUUCAGUUUACAGGAUUAGAUAAAAGGGAAGACAGUAAUACUAUGCCACUUAAAAAAGUUGAAUUGGAGAAGAGACAAAAAGUUUAUGAUCCAGCUCUUAAUUACAUGGGUCUGGGAAAGAAAAAAUCUUAUGAUCCUGCUCUCAAAUAUAUGGGAUUAGGCAAACGACUAUCUAGUUAUGACCCAGCAUUGAAAUUUAUGGGGUUAGGUAAAAGGAAGUCUAGUUACAAUCCUGCUCUUAAAUAUAUGGACUUAGGUAAAAGAGAAUCAGCAUAUGAUCCUGCUUUGAGGUACAUGGGUUUAGGCAAAAAAUCAGACUAUGACCCUGCUUUAAAGUAUAUGGGAUUAGGUAAAAAAUCGGAUUAUGACCCUGCUUUAGGAUAUAUGGGUUUAGGUAAAAAAUUUGAUUAUGAUCCUGCAUUAAGAUAUAUGGGUUUAGGUAAGAAGUCAAGCUAUGAUCCUGCUUUAAAAUAUAUGGGAUUAGGUAAAAAAUCAGAUUAUGACCCUGCUUUAAGAUAUAUGGGAUUAGGUAAAAAGUCAGAUUAUGACCCUGCAUUAAGAUAUAUGGGAUUAGGUAAGAAGUCAAGCUAUGAUCCUGCUUUAAAAUAUAUGGGAUUAGGUAAAAAAUCAGAUUAUGACCCUGCUUUAAGAUAUAUGGGAUUAGGUAAAAAAUCAGAUUAUGACCCUGCAUUAAGAUAUAUGGGUUUAGGCAAGAAGUCAAGCUAUGAUCCUGCUUUAAAAUACAUGGGAUUAGGUAAAAAAUCUGAUUAUGACCCUGCUUUAAGAUAUAUGGGUUUAGGUAAAAAAUCAGAUUAUGACCCUGCAUUAAGAUAUAUGGGUUUAGGUAAGAAGUCAAGCUAUGAUCCUGCUUUAAAAUUUAUGGGAUUAGGUAAAAGACAGUAUAAAUAUGACCCUGCAAUGAAAUAUUUAGAUCUAGGGAAACGUGUAAGCUCUGAAACAAAAGCAAAUGGGUUAAUACAGAAGACAAUUCAGGAUAACCCUACAGGAAAUGAAUAUAUCACAAAAACAAAGAGUCAGAAAAAUAAAAAUACUCCACAACAUGAAAAUUAUAGCCCAAACAAAGAAGCGCAUUCCAAUGACGAUCCAGCUUUUAAAAACUUGGGAUUGGAUAAAAAGGAUUUUAGUUACGAUCGGACACUAGAUUUUAUGAGCAAACGCCAAUCAAAAGUGAAAGAUUUUGAUUCUGAUGACAAAGAUGAACUUUCCAACCUAGUUUCUGUAAAUGAUAAUUAUAAUGACGAACUUUAUCAAAGCUUUGUAUUUACUCCUUUUAUAGGUACUUCUCAGAAAAAAAAUCCUAAAUUUGAUCCAGCAUUAAAUUUCAUGGGACUAGGUAAAAGAAUCAAUACAUCCAACCAACCCUCAAAGAUUACCUCUUUGGACGAAAAGUUUCUAAAGCAUGAGCUUGUAAAAUCUUUCUUAAAUCCAAUCCAAGAUGACUACAAAAUAGUGAAUCACAAAUUUCAACCUUUUCUAAAAUCCUUAAUGAAUAGUUCUUUAAAGAUAGACUGUAUAAAAUGCAAUCCAACAGAUCGUCAUAAGAGAUCUUUGGCAGGCUUUGAACAGUUCAACAACAUGGACUUGGAUAAAACUGAAGCUAAAAAUGGUUUUGCUAACGUCAAGAGGGAUUAUUAUAAUCGCCCAAAGUACAAUCCUGGUUGGAUUUUCAUUGGUCUAGGCAAACGGAGUUCACUUCUUCAAGAACCUUUGAUAAAUUAUGAUGCUUACGAAACUGAAUCUACUAGAGCUGGGAAGAAAAUCGCACCCCAAAUUGUCUUUGACAAAUAUUACGAUUUACUUUGCACAAUACAGAAAUCAAUAGAAGAGAUUCAAAAUGAUCUAAAGAAUAAAAAUAAGCUUAGUGUAUCAGAAAAGAAUCUUGAGAAACCUGAUACGAUUUCAGAAUUGGGUGUUAAUUGGUAUAGAAUUCCAUAUGGCAACUAUGCCUAUAUCAACGAUGAUCCAAAUGAAUCUCACCUUAGAAAGCCGGAAGAAAAGGAUGUAGUUUGGAGUCAGAUCCAACCUCCAUUUGGCACGGACACACAUGUUAUUAACACUUAACAUCCGUGGUAAAAAUCAAGUUAUGUGACUUUAAUUUCAAAGGCAUGGUGAUUGUUUUUACUUUAUGUCAUUAUUCAUUCAGUUACUCUUUAUUAGUCAUUUUGAUGUAAGUAUUAUUUUAUGUCAUUAAUACUUCAAUCAAGUUAUAUGACUUACAUUUCAAAAGAAUGUUAAUGGCAUUACUUUUUUUAUGUCAUUAUUUAUUCAGUUAACGAAUUCUGAAUACGAUUUAUAAAAGCUAAACUAUUUACCUAUCAAUGAUUGUUUAAUCCUCUUCACAAACUGAUCGUACUAAGCGUACGAGAACAUUUUAUAUCAUAAAGCCAGUUACUUAUUUUGAUUAUUAUACAGAAUGAAUAAAAUCAAAGAUUAUAGCUACAGUAAUUUUCCCUUCCUGCAUGUUGAUCUUAUAGGGUGAAAACAAAUUAUUUGUGAAACUUUAACACAUGAUAACAUUUGAAAAAUAAGAUUAUUUUACUUCUUAAAAAGGUAACCUUAAAACGGACUGUUUUAUUUACUUAUAAUGCUUUUUCACUAUACUUAAGUUAUUUUUUUUUACUUAAUUUAACGUGGUUCUUCAUGUAUUUUCAUGAAUUAUUCAUAUGUUGCUUUCUGUUAUAUGACUUUAUUGUGUUUUUAGCAUAUUAGUUUCUUCUAGAACUAAAAUGCCUUGUGAUAGAACCAAAAUAAUUCAACUUCUUUUAGACAUAAUCAUCGAUAAUGUUUCAAAAUACUUAUGUAAUGACAAUUUUUUUGAUACUUAAAACAUAUUUCUUGUUUUUAUUUUCUGUUAUAUUUAGCGCACAAAAGGAAGUUUACUCGACCAGAUCAGACAAAGUAGUCAGGUCACGCCCUGGUCAGUUACUACGUAUAGCUUCAUAAACAAAAAUGCGUAUUUUAUCAACACAAUAUUACACAUUAAGAGAAAAUGCCAUUAUUAAUAGUAAUUAUUUUAAAUAAUCUUAACAGCAAUUGUUCUUUAUCAACAUCAUGUUAAGACGUACUUAUUCUGUGAUUCAUAU